CGACGCGACGCGACACGGGAGCAAGCAGCGCGCGCGCGCUACUCCGAACCGAAGGCCCACGCGGCGCCAUGCUGCUGGGUGCCAUGAGCGGCGGCGGCGUCGUCGUCGCCGUCGCCGUCGCCUACGCCGCCCUGGCCGUGGUGGCGCUGCGGAUGGCGCUGUCGUACAAGUCGGCGCUGUACGCGGUGCGGCGGCUGUGGCGGUGGGCCGACGAGUGGGCGCAGGCGUACCAGUACCACGAGGUGCCACGCUUCGCGUGCGACGGCGGCGGCGCCGAGAACCCGCUGUUCCGCAAGGCGGCGCAGUACGUGGCGGUGCUGCCGUCGCUCGAGGACGCCGACGCCGCCUCCGUGCUGUCGUCCGCGUCGAGGACCAACGGCGGCUUCUCCCUGCAGCUUGGGCCAGGCCACACCGCGCGCGACGCCUUCCUCGGCGCGCGCCUCGCGUGGACAAACCGGGGCGACGUGCUGGUUCUGCGCGUGCGCCGCCAUGACCGGACGCGCGUGCUGCGGCCCUACCUGCAGCACGUCGAGUCCGUUGCCGAUGAGAUGGAGCUCCGGCGACGCGAGCUGCGGCUGUUCGCCAACACCGGCGUGGACGGGAGCACCGGGACGCCGAGGUGGGCGUCGGCGCCGUUCACCCACCCGGCGACGCUUGACACGGUGGCCAUGGACCCCGACCUCAAGGCUCGCGUCCGCGCCGACCUCGAGAACUUCCUCAAGGGCCGCGCCUACUACCACCGCCUCGGGCGGGUGUGGCGCCGGAGCUACCUCCUCUACGGCCCGCUGGGCACCGGCAAGUCGACCUUCGCGGCGGCCAUGGCUCGGUUCUUGGGCUACGACAUCUACGACGUCGAUCUCUCCCGCGCCGGCAGCGACGACCUCCGCGCGCUGCUCCUGCACACCACCCCGCGGUCCCUCAUCCUCGUGGAGGACCUCGACCGGUUCCUCCAGGGCGGCGGGGCCGGGGACGCGGAGGCGAGGGCGGCGAGGGUGCUGAGCUUCAUGGACGGCGUCGCGUCGUGCUGUGGCGAGGAGCGGGUGAUGGUGUUCACGAUGCGCGGCGGCAAGGAGGGCGUGGACGCGGCGGUGGUGCGGCCGGGGAGGCUGGACGUGCACAUCCACUUCACGCUCUGCGACUUCGAGGCGUUCAAGGCGCUGGCCAGCAACUACCUCGGCCUCAAGGACCACAAGCUGUACCCGCAGGUGGAGGAGAGCUUCCAUGGCGGCGCGCGCCUCAGCCCCGCCGAGCUCGGCGAGAUCAUGCUCGCCAACCGCUCGUCGCCGAGCCGCGCGCUGCGCAACGUCAUCACGAAGCUCCAGCACGUGUCCGGGGCGGCGGCGGCGCCGCGGCCGCCGCACAGGCGGAACACGAGCUGGUCCGGCGCGGGCGGGCCAUGGGAGGAGCAGGCCGCGCGCGCCAGCGCGGACGCGGCGGACGGCGGCGAGGAGGCGAUCACGGCGACGGCGGCGUGCGGGGUGUUCGCGAAGGACGCGCCGAUGAGGGAGUUCAAGAAGCUGUACGGGCUGAUCAAGAUCAGGAGCCGGAAGGAGGGCUCCAGCGGGUUCAUGCCCUUGCACGGCGGCGAAGCGCCGUCGCCGGCAAACGGGCGGGGCAGCGAGCACGACAAGGAGCGGUGAUUAAUUAGGCGAUGGUAGUAGACCCCGUCAAACAAGAAAAAUAUUUUUGAUUUUUUGUCCGUGCUUUUUUACUUCGUGUUAGGCUAGUAGGAGUACUACGUAGUUGUAGUUAGUUCACUUUUUAAUUGUGGAUGGAAGAAAUCAAACACGAAAUGGAGGAUGAUAAUGGGAUUGGGUGAUGUACAAUUGUACAUGAGGAUUGUUUGGUUUUAACAGGGUAUAAAACAAAAGAGAUGGGCAAGUUGAAAUUCUUGAAAA